ACCAGCUCGCCAGGAAUGGGGAGUUCUCGCUAGAAAGCAGGACUCUCCUUUCUUUCGAAACGCAGGGAAAGGAGGGGGGGAAUUUUGGAUCUGAUUCGUUAUUUUAAAAAGAAAGAAAAAUAGGGGUUCAAAAAAAAAAAAAGAAGAGAAGGAAGGAAGGAAGGAAGAAAGGAAGGCAAACAGGCGGCAAAGCUUUCUCAAUGUGUAACGCUGUAACAUAGGGACGGGAGUUGUGUGUAUUCUCGGUAGUUUGCUCUGUUUGAUGACUUUUUUUUUGUGUCAGCCCCAGAUAUUACAGCUGUGAUCAGGAGGAGGAUGGAUAGAUGGAUGGACAGAUAGAUAGAUAGAUAGUUUUUAUUUCAGUGCGUGGAUUCCUUUCACUUUACUGUAUUAAGGGCAGGCUGGGCUGUUUAUGAUUUUUUGAACAGAUCUUUAUGGCACCAGCCCAAGGUAGGAAAGGAUCUUUUGUUGCUGGGGUUGCCGCUCGCAAGCUUAGACGCUUCUGCAGGGGGAGAAGCUAUGCAGGACAGCGUGCUUGGAAGAACCGUACCCGGGGCUUUCAAUGACAAACCUCCAGUUUUGGGGUCUUCUUUUCACUUCUUCUUUUCAGAUACGUCAUGACGGAUCAAACAGUUACCGUUUGAUGCAGCUUGGAUGCCUGGAGUCUGUGGCCAACUCGACCGUCGCCUAUUCCUCCUCAUCUCCUCUCACUUACUCUACCACGGGCACCGAAUUCGCCUCCCCGUACUUCUCCACUAACCACCAGUACACCCCACUGCACCACCAGUCCUUCCACUACGAGUUCCAACACAGCCACCCGGCAGUCAACCCCGACGCUUACUCCUUGAACUCUCUCCAUCACUCCCAGCAAUAUUACCAGCAGAUCCACCAUGGAGAACCCACUGAUUUUAUCAACCUGCACAAUGCGCGGGCGCUCAAGUCCUCUUGCUUGGACGAGCAGAGGAGAGAGCUCGGGUGCUUAGAUGCUUACCGCCGCCACGACCUGUCUCUUAUGAGCCAUGGAUCCCAAUAUGGGAUGCAUCCAGAUCAAAGACUCCUGCCAGGACCAAGCCUCGGGCUUGCAGCCUCGGGAGCAGACGAUUUGCAGAGCUCAGUGGAGGCCCAGUGUGGACUUGUACUCAACGGGCAAGGAGGUGUGAUAAGAAGAGGUGGCACUUGUGUUGUGAACCCCACAGACCUGUUCUGCUCUGUCCCCGGUCGCUUGUCUCUCCUCAGCUCCACUUCCAAGUACAAAGUGACCAUUGCAGAGGUGAAGAGGCGCCUUUCACCCCCAGAAUGCCUCAACGCCUCCCUCCUGGGAGGGAUUUUGAGAAGAGCGAAAUCUAAGAAUGGAGGACGCUGCUUGAGAGAAAAAUUAGACAGACUGGGACUGAAUUUGCCUGCAGGAAGAAGAAAAGCAGCAAAUGUCACGCUCUUGACUUCUUUGGUAGAAGGGGAAGCACUACAUUUGGCCAGAGAUUUCGGCUACACCUGUGAAACAGAGUUCCCUGCCAAGGCGGUGGGAGAGCACAUUGCCAGGCAGCACAUGGAACAGAAAGAGCAGACAGCGAGGAAAAAGAUGAUCCUAGCGACAAAACAAAUAUGUAAAGAAUUCCAAGACCUUCUAAGUCAAGACAGAUCACCCCUCGGAUCCUCCAGACCGACUCCAAUAUUAGACCUCGACAUCCAGAGACAUUUAACACAUUUCAGUUUGAUCACUCAUGGUUUUGGAACUCCUGCAAUAUGUGCUGCCCUAAGCACUUUCCAAACUGUUCUCAGUGAAAUGCUGAACUACUUGGAAAAGCACACAUCGCACAAAAACGGAGGAGCGGCGGAAUCCGGCCAAGGACACGCCAACUCGGAGAAAGCCCCCCUGCGGAAAACUUCAGAGGCUGCUGUGAAAGAGGGCAAAACAGAAAAGACAGACUAGCUACAUCAAACAGAAUCUAUUUCGAGAGAGUCUUGCUGCUGAUAUUUUUUUUAAAUAUAUAUAUCAUUGAGGGCAAUUUAUCUCCAGUGGACCAAAUCCCAAAAAAGAAAA